CAGACAUGAAUCUGUAGAAAGACUAUGGGUAAAAGCAGAAGAACCGAAACAAAGCAAACAAAAUACAAAACAAAUCUGUUCGGAGCGAUCGCUUUGAAAUGUACGCCGCCACGUUCCAAUUAGAAAGUGCUCGCUGUUUCUGCUGAACAUGAGAUAAACCACACAGAGACUGGGCGUGUGUGUGAGAGAGAGAGAGAGAGAGCCAGAGAGGGAUACAGUAUGGGAAGCGAAUCGGAGCCUGUCAGCUUGGAGUUCAUCGAGGAUUCUUAUUUGCCCCGCAUCGAUGACAUCACCACAACCCCCUCACUCGAUGAACUGGAAAUAGCAGCAGACACUGAAACUGAUUGGUUCAAUGAAACGGCCGAGCAUUAUCUACGCAAUUUGACACUCGAUGAGAUCUUCUAUGAUGUCGAUUCAGAUUAUGCCAAUACGCUUGAACUGCAAGCCGUCGAAACGGAAUUCAUGGCAGCCAAGUUGUCCAAUCAGACGCCCUCGUCUUCUAUUGCGAAACGUUUCCGUCUAAAGUUCUUAACGAAGCGUACAAUGCGCGAUGUUAAGGUCACGUUUAUAGACUUCUCGAAGCCCUAUCUGGCAAAAAUAUCAAACAGCGAUAACUAUAAACGAUUUCUGACUAUAGGUCCUAGCGUUGCUAAAGAUAAUAGCGCCCAUUUGUCGGAGCCAGUAUCGCCAGCAGCGUCUGUAGCAUCUGCAGAGAUUGCAGCUGAAUUUGCUGCGCUUACCGUUGAGGAGAAGGAACAGAGACGCGCUGAAUGGAGUCAGGAGCUGGCACGUGUUGAGGAAGAGAUCAAUACGCUGCGCACGGUGCUGGCCUCCAAGACGCGUCAUGCUUCAGACUUGAAGCGUAAACUGGGUAUUACCGUCUGGAAGGAGCUAACAGACGACGUCAAUCAGGGCGUUAAGAAUCUGAAAGAGAGUCAUGUUUACCAAUCAGUGGAACAGAGUGUGGGCAACAUAUCAAAAGCUGUGCAUGAAGCACCACUUUUCCAACGCACGGAAUCGGUUUUGAAGACAACGGGUGAGAAAACGGCAUCGGUAUUUGGCAGCAUUACGAGCGGCAUUACGUCGAAACUCUCACAAAUGAAAAAUUCUGAGUCGAUGCGUUCUAUUGAAGCCUCUGUUGGCACUGCCUAUGAGAACGUUAAAGUAAGCUAUGAACAGAACAAUUUUUUGUGCCAAUCUAAUGCGACUUUGGGUCGUGUGGCUAAAUGGCGUACAUAAGAAAUUUAUUCCAAAAUUUAAUUUAAAGUUAUUCUAAAACAAAUUGGAGCUUGCAAGCUUUUUAAAAUAAAUUGAUUAUUUAAGAAGAACGAGGAGAAAUGGCCGUUGAAUAUAUACAAAAUUUAAAGCACACACACACAAAGCUAAUWCGUUGCAACUAUACUUGAUCUAAGAUUUGCUAUAUGUGUAUGGGAACUUUAAAUAAAAACUAAAAUUUUUGUGCCCCAA